GUUCGGUAUUUUUGCCCACCCCUACAUGAUACAAUCUGAAUUCAUAGUUCUGCCUCGCGCUGGGUUUCAGAUCGAUGAGCAAAAAUGAAGGUGGGAAGGGAUUCUCCGGCGUCCUAACUUUGGUGAGACCGAAUGCGACUAAAAGGACAUACAACUUGGACGCUUCUUCAUUAUUGGACAUGGACUUCACUCAGUCUCCUAACAGGAACAACUAUGCAGUGAGAGAUUGUAUGCAUCAACUUCUUCACUCCUGUUUUUAAGCUCUAGGUCGGGUCUUCCAACUCAAAUGGGGCUUCGUCACUUACGCUAUGCACAAGAUGUUGAAAGUGGCUUGAGCUCUGACCCGGAAUCUCAAAUACAAGAUAUUUUACGAGGAUGACGAAAAUCCAAUUCAUGAUUUCUCAAUGAAGGAGGCACGAGAAGUUUUGUUGAUAACAGAAAAGGGAACCUCUCUGGUCACAAUCCAAAAGUUACGAGAUGGGAGGCUAUGGUUCACAAACGGGUGGCAUGCUUUUGUCCUCAAACAUGGCCUUGUUACUGGAGACUUUAUCACUUUUAAACACAUGGGUAGCUCUAAUUUCAAAGACAUAGUUUAUAGUGAGACCUGCUGUGAGAAGGAUUUCAUUGAUGAGCCCGAGACAAAAGAUAAGGCUGAAACGCGGAAGAAAAACGCCAGCCCAUCUGUGAAGUCUGAAGCUCAAGAAGUGCCUUCCCAGCUGCCUCCUCCUCCUCCUACCCAACACCAUUUUCAUAUGAAUGAUUGUUCAAAUUCCAGGGAGGGGCUUGAUGGAAGAAUGGCUUUGAUAUAGGCUUUGCACUCAGGGUGGAAUUUAGAGCCUUGUUUUGCUGUCUCGCUUUUCAGCAUCUUAGAUAGGGCUUUUCCUUCCCAGGCCAAUUCCCAAGAUCCUAGCAACAUGGUGUCUGUGAAAUUUGAAGAGGGCAAUGUUGAAAUUAGCCCCCCUGUAAAAGUGAAAAAAUAUAAUCGGGGAAGUACGGUGAAUGGUGAAGGAACUCCUUUCCAAGUAAAAAACACCCGUGAACAUGUGUGCAGCUAAAAAAAGAAGAGGAGGCGUCAUCAAUAAGGACAAGUAGAGGUGCUUGAACUAACAAUGAAGGAGUACAAUCUCCGUUCUUGAUCUCCCUAUUUGAUUUUUGUGUUGCGGCUGGGCUGGACAUGGACUCAAGGUUGAUUCUUAGAGGUCCUUAUGGUGAUCAAGGUGUGUCCCUAAAAGUCCGCAGUGGUGGCAAUACGAGAUACUCCGUCAUCACGAGAGGGUGGCCAGAAUUCAUUGCCACUAACAAUCUGAAAGUCGGGGAUGUUUGCAUUUUCAAACGCCUUGACAUAGGAACCUGUGGUGCAAUUGUAUUAGAUGUUGAAUUUGGUAAUGGGGAUGAUAAAACUGGGGUGAGCCAUUUAAUUAACCACCCUCCUAGUACCUUCGCAUAACCAGGACAAUUCGUUGGUGGUGGUGGCAGCAGCGGACAUGUUGCUAGGCUCUUGGGAAUUGGCCUGGGAAGGAAAAGCCCUAUCUACGUUGCUGAAAAGGGAGACAGCAAAACAAGGGUCUAAAUUCCACCCUGAGUGCAAAGCCUGUAUCAAAGCCAUUCCUGGAAAGAAUUGCAGAUUUUGUAACAGAUAGUCAACCAGAUUUUCUUCCCCUAAUGCAGUUAUUGGAAAGAUUUAAAGAAUGGCUACACUCUUGACCCAUCCAACGAAACCAAAUUAAACUUACUUCCAUCAAGCCCCUACCUGGAAUUUGAACCAUCAUUCAUAUGAAAAUGGUGUUGGUAGGAGGAGGAGGAGGAGGCAGCUGGGAAGGCACUUCUUGAGAUUCAGACUUCACAGAUGGGCUGGCGUUUUUCUUCCGCGUUUCAGCUGUUUGACAGUUAGUUAGAGACUCAGAGCCUCAGAGCAAUGAAGUUUACCCAUAACUGAGAUAAAAUGUAUACACAAUAACAUAGUCACUUACCCUUAUCUUUUGUCUCGGGCUCAUCAAUGAAAUCCUUCUCACAGCUACCCAUGUGUUUAAAAGUGAUAAAGGCCAUGUUUGAGUAAAAAGUAUGCCACCCAUUUGUGAACCAUAGCCUCCCAUCUUGUAACUUUUGGAUUGUGACCAGAGAGGUUCCCUUUUCUGUUAUCAACCAAACUUCUCGUGCCUGCUUUAGCCUUCUUGAGUUUGAUUCCUUAUAUCAUUUAACAUUAGGAAAAAUUCACAUAAAUAAUUCCAACAUUGAUUUCAGAUUUUUAACCGUGG